AUGUGGUCAUCCCUUAUUCGAUGUUACCGAAAAGACUUGGUCCUCCUCCGGCCAUCUUCCUCAUCUAGCUCAAGCCUUAGAUACCAUUCUCGUAUACCAACAUGCCACCUCGCUCUCGCUCUCAGUCUGCUGGACCUUGAAAUGUCAGGACCAAACAAGCUUCUAGAAGUCAGACUCAUGACGAGGAACACCAAAGAGUCGUCGGCAGGAGCAUCGAAAUCGAGGGAAGGCUCGGUGCUCUCCAAUGACCCAAAGCCUGCACGGAAGAAGCAAAGGACAGCUGUCAAGAGUAAGGUAGACAACAUUCGUGCAGUAGUCGAGAGAAACCCCGACAAUUAUCGGAAGCUCGAGCCCAAGGACGCGUGUUCAACGUGUGGAGACCGAUACGAGUGUCAUAUCUUUGUUCCCGCAACGAGCAGCAAGAUAUCAUGUGUUGGGUGUGGUGGGCAGGCAAGCUGCUCCCUCCAGACAAACGCGACCAGGGGAGUGAUUAUUGGGCUGUCCCACUUUCAAAAGGCGUUGACUGCAUUGGAAGCUUUGGAGAAGGAGUUGGAAGAGGCCAAGGACGAUGACGACGACGGCGACAAGGAUGAGAGGAUGGACACCGACGACUUGCAAAUGAUCACUGAAAUGAUCAAGAAUUACAAGGCUUGGCUGAAGGCAUACACAUCUGAUUGA